AUGGAGGGAAUCCCAAGGAGUAAAAACGCUCUUCAUUUUCUUCAUCUUCUUUCUCUUAAUGCAGUGACUAACUUUAUCAUCGGAGUGUCUCCCGCCAGCAAUCCCGGCUAUCAAUUUGAUUAUGUAUUUGAUUGGAGAAUUUUGAAGUAUCCUCAGAUUGGUGCCAAUUCAAGACAAAGGCAAGCAGGAGCCAAACCAGCUUUAAAUGCUGGACCAUCUGGUGAAAGAGUGGAAAGGCCUUCAGUGGGACAAGAGAUUCGGGAUAGAUUCUCAGGUGCGGUGGAAGCAUUUACCAGAAGAAACACAUCAGGUGUUAGACUGCAUGGUGAUCAUUCCAAGCACAAAGCAUCAGAUGAUGUCCCAUCUUCUAAGGAAGUGCAACCUGAUUCAAAAUUAUUUAUACCAUGUUUUUUGGCAACAAAAAUCAUUUAUACUUGGCCCCCCAAAAUUCUUAUAAUUUUAUUCAUAUGUUAUAUUUAA